CGGAAGCGGGCGGUCCUUCGGCUGACUGGAAAAUGUCAGCUGCUUGAUUGGGGACGGGUUUUCCUUUCCCCGGAACCCGCAGGCCUUCAGGUGACCGCCACCGCCGUCGCCAGGGAGCGUGGGUCCCAGACCCUGGACGGCUGUGGCGGACGCGGGGUUUCCCGGUCCUUCUGGACGCUGUCCGGGGAGAUCGGGCGGUGAGCCUGAGGGGGAGAGCUUGAGGCACUUUGGGGUCUGGGGCGGAGCGCGGGCGGAGAGAGAGGGACCCCGGAGACCCAGAGAGGCCGCCGCCGCGGGGCCCACGUCCCCGGCCGCGGAGUGGAGGCGGUGACCCGCUCCGCCGGCCAGGUGAGAGGUUGCGGCCGCGGGCGUCACACCUGCUCGCCCCGCUACCCGGAGCUGCGUUCUCCACCGGGGAGAGGGCUGCCCUUAGCACUAGGUCUGUGGACAGGAUCCUUUCUUCAUCUGUAAAAUAGGCACUGUGGCAAGCGACGCUCAUUUCACAGGCUUGGAGUCGGGGUCAAAUCGGAUAACGCGUGUGAAAGCGCUUUGUAGACGAAAGCGCGGUUUAGAAGAGAGGCGGCGGUUUAAUUUUAGGGCAGCAGGAGAUCACGGUGGUUCCUGUGUGCAGUGGCAACGCUGAGCAUCCCCUUGCAGCCUCGAGAAGGCUCAUACAUGCUAAAUAACAUGAGAAGAAAUAAGUUUACAGAUAUGAUCCAGGCCUGUAUGUGAAUUACUUUGGUUAAUCAGAGCAAAUAUUGAAUAAUGAGUGGUGCAGCUUUGGGACUCGAGAUUGUUUUUGUCUUUUUUCUGGCAUUAUUCCUACUUCAUCGAUAUGGAGACUUUAAGAAACAACAUAGACUUGUAAUUGUUGGAACACUGCUAGCUUGGUAUCUCUGCUUUCUAAUUGUCUUCAUACUGCCUCUGGAUGUUAGUACGACAAUAUACAACCGGUGCAAACAUGCUGCUGCAAACUCGAGCCCUACUGAGAGUAGCAACAUUACAGGAUUGUAUGCAGCUGCUACCCUGGUUCCAAGCCAGCAUCCGUGUUUCAAGCCAUGGAGUUAUAUUCCUGAUGGAAUCAUGCCAAUUUUCUGGAGGGUAGUAUAUUGGACAUCACAAUUUUUAACAUGGAUUCUGUUACCUUUUAUGCAGUCAUAUGCAAGAUCGGGAGGGUUUUCCAUUACUGGAAAGAUCAAAACUGCGCUGAUUGAGAAUGCAAUCUAUUAUGGCACCUACUUGCUGAUUUUUGGAGCGUUUUUAAUUUAUGUAGCUGUAAACCCACACUUGCACUUAGAAUGGAACCAGCUUCAGACAAUUGGGAUAGCUGCUGCAAAUACAUGGGGUCUUUUUCUUCUGGUGUUGUUGUUGGGGUAUGGCUUGGUAGAAAUCCCUCGGUCAUACUGGAAUGGAGCAAAAAGAGGUUAUCUACUUAUGAAAACUUAUUUUAAGGCAGCCAAAUUGAUGACGGAGAAAGCAGAUGCAGAAGAGACUUUAGAAGAUGUCAUGGAGUUCAGCGUCAUGAGAUAUCAUCUCCAUCUUCUAACCGACAGAGAUGCAGGGAGAAUAUAUUCAACAGUGCAGUGUUAUGCUUGUUGUCUUGAGGAAGUUCGUAAGGUGAAUGAGAGCAUCAAGUAUAACCACCCACUGAGAAAAUGUGUUGACACAAUACUUAAAAAGUGCCCUAUAGAGUAUCAGGAAAAAAUGGGUAGGAACAUGGAUGAUUAUGAAGAUUUUGAUGAAAAACAUAAUACCUAUCCAAGUGAAAAGAGUCUGGUAAAACUACAUAAACAGGUGAUUUAUUCAGUUCAGAGACACCGUCGAACUCAAGUACAAUGGCAGAUUCUUUUGGAACAAGCAUUUUAUCUAGAAGAUGUAGCAAAAAAUGAAACUAGUGCUACUUGUCAGUUUGUUCAUACCUUUCAAUCGCCGGAGCCAGAAAAUAGAUUUAUUCAAUAUUUUUAUAAUCCUACAGUUGAGUGGUACUGGGAAUGUCUUUUGCGACCGUGGUUUUAUAGGGUACUUGCUGUGGUGCUGUCCAUCUUCUCCGUGAUUGUUGUGUGGUCAGAGUGCACAUUCUUUAGCACUACACCUGUCUUAUCCCUCUUUGCAGUCUUCAUACAGCUGGCCGAAAAAACAUACAAUUAUAUUUAUAUUGAGAUUGCUUGCUUCCUCUCCAUCUUCUUCCUCAGUAUCUGUGUUUAUUCUACUGUGUUCAGGAUUCGUGUAUUUAACUAUUAUUACCUGGCUUCACAUCACCAGACUGAUGCUUACAGCCUUCUUUUCAGUGGCAUGUUAUUUUGCCGUUUGACUCCUCCUUUAUGUCUUAAUUUCUUGGGUUUGACCCAUAUGGAUUCAUCCAUCUCUCACCAGAAUACACAGCCAACUGCUUAUACAUCUAUUAUGGGUUCCAUGAAAGUUUUAUCCUUUAUUGCAGAUGGGUUCUAUAUAUAUUAUCCUAUGUUGGUGGUAAUUCUCUGCAUUGCUACUUAUUUUAGCUUGGGAACUCGUUGUUUGAAUCUACUUGGUUUCCAGCAGUUCAUGGGAGAUAAUGAUAUGACAUCAGACUUAGUUGAUGAAGGAAAAGAAUUAAUCAGACGAGAGAAGCGAAAAAGGCAACGGCAAGAAGAAGGUGAAAAUCGACGCAGAGAAUGGAAAGAACGUUAUGGACACAGUAGAGAAGAUUCCACUAGAAACAGAAAUGUUCAUAUUGACCCAAAAGAAUCAAACUUCUCAGAUAUUAGUACCAACCGAUCAUCCAAAUAUACCAGGGCUAAUAAUAGGACUGAAAGGGACCGAAUAGAACUCCUCCAAGAUGCAGAACCUUUGGAUUUUAAUGCAGAAACAUUCACUGAUGAUCCUCUUGAAUCUGAAUCAGGAAGGUAUCAGCCUGGUGGACGAUACCUCUCAAUGUCUCGCAGCAGAAUAUUUGAUGAUGUUUAAAAUCUGUAAGAAUAUAUGGAAUAACUAACCAAGAUCAACACAUAAGUUUGGUCUUUAUGAACAUCGGUAUGCCCUAGAAUUUACACUGAACUCUCAGUGAAAAGUGUCAGGAUAAAAAAGGCACUAAAAAUUAAUGGGAUCUUAGUCAUAAUAGUUUAUUGUUCAUUGAAUAGAGUAUCAUCUUUUCUAAUAAGGUUUGUUACAUACCAUUCCUGAAGUGUCUGCCUUAGAAGUACAGUUACAGUGGAAGGAUUUAAUUCAUGAUUAAAAUCAGUAUAUGUUGAAAACAUGUAGUUCAGUUUGUUUCAGAUAAAUUUUUUUCAGGAACGUUGUUUCAAAGGUCCAAGGAAGCCAUAAGUUAUAACUGAACAAUAUACACUUUUAUUAUUGUGAUUUACAUUUUUGCUGUUUCUAAAGAGUAUGUUGAUCCUUUAUUUCUCAAAGAGAUGGGCACCUCAAUAACAACCAUAUUUACAAAACCCAUGUCUUAAAACACGGCUUACUUACCAGACAUAACUGAAUGUAGAAAGCUCUUUUUCAAUGCUGUAUGCAAAUUAGUUAGGUUUUUGCAUGUAUAAUUAAGAUUAUCCUACAACUGAUAGUGUUUGUAUCUUCAGCAUGUGUACUAUAAUCAGGUGAUAUAUUCUUUCAGUCUUUGGUGAUAACUAGAAAUUGUCUUAUGCUUUUGGUAUGGCUUUGUAAAACAUUUUCAUUUCAAAGAGAGGUGUUCACCUUUGUCAUUUAGCAUAUUGAUUUGAGUUGAUUAUUCCAUUCAAGGAGAAUCGUAAUUAUUAAUGGUAAAUAGUGGGGUUUUUUAAUAACCAAAGAGUCCCACAAAAUUCUCUGCUUUUGAAAGGUGCCUGUUUAUUCCUUUUGAAAAACAAUAUCUGGUUAUUCAAAGGUAAAAAGUCAAUCUAUUUACUGUUAUUACUAACAGUUAAAUUAUGGUUUAUAGAAAACAGAAAACUAGUUUAGAAUGGAGAUGUGUAGUAACUUGUUGGUUAAACAUGUUAUUAUUUAAAAUUGAAUUUUUUAAACUUUGUGUUUAAGCCAAAGUUAGGUAUUAUAUUUUAAAUCAUCAGUGUUUUAUUGCACAGUGACUAUAGUUGAGCACAACGUGUUUGCAGAGAGUUAUGUCCCUGAAAUAUUUGCAACUCUGAGAAUCCAUACCUUGGAUUCACCCAGUGGUGACUGUACUUGAGCUUGCCCAUGGCUGUCUUAGUUUAACACCUAUUAUCCCGUGUAACUUUUUUUUUUUUUUUUUUUUUUGCGGUACGCGGGCCUCUCACUGUUGUGGCCUCUCCCGUUGCGGAGCACAGGCUCCGGAAGCACAGGCCCAGCGGCCAUGUUUCAUGGGCCCAGUCACUCCGCAGCAUGUGGGAUCCUCCUGGACCGGGGCACGAACCCGUGUCCCCUGCAUCGGCAGGCGGACCCUCAACCACUGCGCCACCAGGGAAGCCCCCAUGUAACUUUUAGUAGUGGCCCAGUUUGAAGAUGAAUUAUAUAGUCGAAUUUGAUUAUAUAUUUCUUGAGGGUAGUUUUUCCCUGAAUCAUAAUUUUAAAUGUUUUAUUUUCCUCUUUUUGUAAUGUUAUCAUUUAAUUUUUUUAAAAGCCACAGUUUUAUGCAGAUACUGAGAGGAAUAGUGUAUCAUCCUAAUUAUCUGAUUUUCUUAAAUUUUUAUGAACUUUGAGAUUAGAUCCCUUUUAAAAUAAUUAUCAAUGGAUAGAUUUUACUCUCAAUGGAAGAUUAUAUAGACUGCUUAUUUAAGAACACACACACACACAGCCUUUUAUUGUGAAGCAUGGUUAUAGAGCAGUAGGCCAGGAGCAGAGAUAAUUUAACACUGUUUGAAAUUUCAUGAUUUACCAUUGAAACCUUGGGCAAAUCAUGUAACCAUUCAGCGCCUCAAUUUCUUCAUUUUCAAGAUGAAGAGGACUCUUGCUAUUUACCUACUGAUCUACCUCACAAAGCUAUUGUGAGGGUAUUGAGUUGAUGUUUAUAUGGUGGCGUUUAAAAAGACAAAAUAAGUUGUUAGCUGUGCUGGUUUUGUUAUUUGAAAAUAGUGGAUGGGAAAAGGAUCACUCCAGGAAGGGGUCCAGUUUCUUAUUACUACAGAGAAGCUUACAAGUUCCCAGAGCAAAAGCUCUUUUGGGAACAAUUAAUCAAAAUCCUUUGAAAAUAAUAUUGUUUUAUUAUUCAGUCUUUGGGUUUACUUUGGAAUAUUUUCCUUAAGUAUAAUGUUGUUUCUCAUCAGGUUUUAUCAUGAAACUCAGAUGCUAUUGUAGAAAUUAGAAGCAGAAGAAGAGAAGAAAUGAUCCAGUUACUUUUAUAACUUAUAAUACCCUAAGAUAUAUUGAUAGAAAUAAGUAAAGGAAUGUACUACUUUAUUUUAUUGUUACAUUUUUUAUGAUUAUAAUAACUUUUGAGUUAUUUCCAGAAUAUUUUUUUUGUUUUUUAAGUGAUCCAGAGUAUUCAACUUUUUAAGCAGAAUUUAUCUUACAGGAUUUCAUAUAUGAUCAUAUAGGAAGGUUACCUAGCUAGGUAAAUUUGUGUUUAGAAGGUAAUGAUUUAACCCCUGGGGUUAAAUCAUUCAUUGCUGGGGAAGUUCAUUGCUGGGGAAGUGAGUUAAUGUUCAUUAAGCCACCUUGUAAAAAACUGCAAAAAACUUGCAAAACGUUACUACUAGAUUCAUACACUACAUGCAAAGUACAUUUCUUGAAGAAUUACUUCUGGUAAUUACCUUUUGAGGUGUUUCUUACAUAAUAAUAGAUAACUGGUUAAAUUUUCUAAAUUAUUUUUCUAAAUAAUGUUAGGUAAGGAUAUUCUAAGCCAGUAGUUCAAAAUAACCAUUGCAGAAAAUAACAAUAAUCUAUUAAUUUCAUGAAUCUGUAAGUUGCUAAUUAACUUUUGUUACUACAUCAGUAAUUUCUUAUUGUCAAUAGAGCACUUUUGUAAAAUCAUUAUUAAAAUAAGCCUAAUUAUUAGAAUUUGUUCUCUUACCAAAUGAACGCAGGGGCUUUGGAAUAAUUUCAUCAUACAAGAGGCCCUCAUUUCACAAGAGUGGUAAGGGCUAAAUCAGAACAUUCAAGGGUUUUUCAUUUAUAAAGAAUAGAUCAGAGAGUUCGACAAUCGAAACUUUCUUUAAAAAAAUGCUGCCAAUUGAUUUGUUUUUGGAUACUACUAUUUGAUUAGAUUAUCAGUUCUUAAAUUUAUGCUGGUUGUGUGCCCAAAUUAAAUGUGGAUAGGAAAGUCAGUGUGAGUGUUUUUUAAGUACAUUUUAGAAUAUCAAUGAAGGGAUUCAUUGAUGUACAAUAGCAAACCUCAUUUUUUUAUACUUUUAGUAGAUUUAGAGAAUGUUCUUGAUUUUUUUGUUGAUUACUAUUUUAAAGGAAAAAUAAGCUCUCCAUAAUUAUAAUUCACACUGUUCAGUAAUGUGAGUUUUAUACUUGUGAUUUGUGUGGGCAAUGCCUGAAAAAUCACAGGGAUAAAUAUAUUUGCACUAAGAGGCAAAACAUGUCCCUGAAAAAUCUUAACAUACUUGAAUCUCCAAAAUACAAUGGAUUGUAUUGUAUUAAAUUCUAAAUGUUGAGAAGUAAAUGAAUUUAGAGUUUUAUCUUUCCUUUCUUUUCUUCCUUCUCCCCUUCAUUCCUUCUAUACCUUCCUUCCUCUCUGAAGCCUCUCUGUAUAGUAUGACUUCUAAUAUGCUGACAGAUUUUUUUUCUGUUUGUUCUUUGUGUACAGUUGUUUUUGAUGAUCAGUACACUCAGAAGGUUCUUACUACAGAUCCCACUACUUGAAUAGCAGUAUUGCACUUAAAGUAGUGAAACAGAUUUUGCUAGACAACUAAGCAACAUCUGAAUGUAAAUGUGAUGGAUGCUAGCUCAGUGUGUUGUCUUUUUCGCCACUAAGUAGGACACUUCAGUAAAAUGAAUUAUUCUCAGUGUAAAUGUGUUAGCAUAAAAUUAGACUUCCAAAACCAGUAAUUGUUAAAAACAAAACAAGCAAACAGACCCAAAACAUUAAGAACCUUGAGGCCUCUUUUUAUGAAAAGGAGUUCGUAAAUAAUAUACAUCAUUGUCAAAGUUUUCAUUAAAGAGAGGUUGAAACAAUAUGAGAGGGUUACAGGAAGCCUUCUGAAUUGUGAAUUCCCUUUGUGUGGGGUACUUCUUUCCAACUCAGUGACUUUUUUCCUGCUCAGAGACCUGGAAGACUAGGCAGUGUUAUCCCCUGUACUAACUCCUGGAGACCAGGUCCUGUGAGCCAUCUCCACGAUCAGAGCAGCCACUAGCCCUGCCCCAUCCCCAGUCACAUUGCAAUGGGAACAUACCCUCACGUCUAAUUCCUUUCAUGUUCAGCCUGGUUUUCCUAACAUUUUAUUUUCACUUUCAAAAAAUUUGUCCAUUGAGAUUGAUCACAAUUUUAAAUUUGUUAAUAAAGCAAGAAUAUUGGCAUGUUCCUCUUCUCAUAGAUAUCCUAAAAUACUUUUGUUUUUAACAUACUUCCUGGUGAGAAUUAACCUUUUUUCCUGUGAAAAUCUUUUCUUUUGUGAUUAUCCUGAUCUCACAUCAUUUUGCAAAAGGAGAUUUUUACUGUACUUAGUGCAAAAGAGUAGAAAGAAUGGUUUACUGUGACAGACAUAUGGAGAAUAAAGUCAUAAUUUGUUCAUCUGACUGUACAACACCAUUUUGAGUUGAUAUUAUUGACAUAAAUCUUAUCAACCUAAUCACUUAGAGCUGUAUUUCUCAAAAGAAUGCUGGCUAGCAUCUUCCCUACUUAGUACACCAAAUUGUAGGGGAGAGACUUUUUUUUUUUUUUUUCAAAGCAAUCCAAUGGAUUUGUUUUUGUCCAUAUUUUGAACACAACUUGAAGGAUUUUUCUCAUUUAGAAGACAGAGAACAUGUGGACCUGUCUUUUAAAUUACUGUAAUCUAAUAUAUAUGUUUAUAAAUUAUAGCAUUGAAAAAAGAGCUCUAAUAUUGAUGUUGUUACCUUCUGGUAUUUAAUUUUUAUAAAAUGUUUUUGUAAGUAACUAAUUGUAGUAUUGCUUUUAAGUAGUUUAAAAAUCUUUCUCAAAUAAGUUCUGACCAGAACCUAUUUCCUUAGGGCAAUACUCUAAAGUUCAGUAGUCCAGUAUGAGUUUGAAAUACUCCUACAUCUCUUCAGUAUCUUUUUAUAUAUACCAGUACCCAAGCAAAGUAUACCAAAUGCCUAAUUUCUGUGUUGCAUUAAUAAAGUACUUGUUAUUUAUCUAAUUCAGUGGAUUAGGUGAAAUAGAAGAUAAGUCUUUCAAAAGUGCAUCUGAUCAUAAUUUACAAAAUGUUCAUUAUGUUCACUCUUGGUGCAUGACGCCAAUUUAUCUUUAAUCAGCUACUACUACCUGCUAUGUAAUAGCACAUGUUUUCCUUUCUGACUAAUGGGUUGUAGAUGUAACUAUUUUUCUCUGCAGAUUCUCACUAAAUAUGUAUUUGAACAAACCUGCAAAGUGCUACCUAUAAGUAAGUUAGCAUCUUUGGCCUUAUCUAUGCAUAAUGUUCUCUUAGUUUGGUUUUGACAAACUCAUGGACUUGGAAUUGCUUUGUAGUAUUUUAACUUAUUGCGAUGUAAUGAAUUUUUUGAAAUGUUUAUUUGAUUAGCUGUUAAA